AUGGAGUACAUGUCUCGCAUGUCUUUCAAAGGGCAAGCAAUCACCGACCACCUAGCAGAAUUCCUGAUUAACGACGACACAUCGAUAAACGCGGAUUUCCUAGAUGACGGAAUCCUCCAAGUAGAUGAAGAGAAGGAUGAGCCAAUUUGGAAGAUGUACUUCGACGGGGCAGUCAAUUCCGUGGGGUCCGGAGUUGGGGCAGUGCUGAUAUCCCCGGACGGACGUCAUUAUCUGGUCACCGCAAAAGUGGAUUUCUCUUGUACCAAUAACGUGGCCGAGUACGAGGCAUGCAUUCUCGGCUUGCAAGCGGCAAUUGACUUCAAGGUGAAGGAGUUAGAAAUAAAGGACACAAAGUUAGUCCCGUACCAUGAGUACCUCGAGAAAUUAGCGAAAUAUUUUGAGAAGAUCUCAUUCACCUACACUCUACGCGCAAAGAAUCAGUUCGCGGACGCGCUCGCAAUACUCACAUCUAUGGCAAGCAUCACAAAGGGGAACAUCAUCGAACCCCUCGAGAUCGAAGUUGCCAAAGGCUUGGCCUACUGCGACGCGAUCGAAGCAACCGAUGCUAAACCAUGGUAUGAGGACAUCAAGAAUUUCCUGCAAAUGGGUCAAUUUCCUCCUUUCGCCGAUCGCCGCGACCGAAAGACACUCAGACGACUCGCGGUGCACUACUUCCUAAGCGGCGAGACACUCUACCGACGAUCCUUUGACGCCACGUUGCUCAAGUGCAUCGACGUACAUGAAUCACGGCGCCUCAUGGAGGAGGUGCACGGAAGGAAUUGCGGCCCCAUAUGA